AUGGCUUUGCGUUACGAUGAGCUGAAAGCGCCGUUUGUGGAUUUUGGAAAUGGCGUUCGGUUGGCGCUCGAUUUGGAAGAGUUUACGGAUGCGGCUUCGAAGGAAAAGGCAGCUAAAGAGUUGCGCGAAACGAACGACGUGACGGACGCGUCCAUUCGGAAGCUUCGCGAGUUAGUGCAGCAGGAAAAGCAGCUGAGAGUUCCGGUGGAGGAUGAGUCGUUCAUGAGGCGUUUCUUGCGUCCCAAGAAAUAUUAUCCCGACAGUACGUUUGAUAUGAUGAAAGCAUUUUACCGCAUGAAAGCGAAAGAGAAUUUCAUCUCCGAUCACUUGACGACGAACUCGAUCAAAAACGCUCUGGAGGAUCGUGUGGUGCAGAUUCUACCGAAGCGCGAUCAGCACGGGCGUCGCAUACUGUACAUGGAAAUGGGGGCAAAAUGGAACUGCACGAAAGUACCGUCGCUGGAGGUGAUCCGCUGCACCAACAUGCUAAUGGAGACGGUUGGCCAAGAGCCGACCACCCAGCUGCACGGCAUCGUGUUCGUCAUCAACUUCGACAAGCUGUCCCUGUCGCACAUCGGCCAGUUUCCGCCCAAGUUCGUGAAGACGGUCGUGGACCACGGGCAGAAGAACUCGCCCCAUCGCAUCAAGGGCAUACACAUCGUAAACAAUGCGCGCAUGUUUAACAUCUUUUUCAAGAUAUUCAAACCAUUUCUGGGGAAGAAAUGGAGCCAGCGGAUAUUCCUGCACGGUGUGGAGUUUAAAUCGCUGCACGAACACAUCGAUGCGGACCGUCUGCCCUCGUUUCUGGGUGGAACGUACGAGCUGCCGGUGGAGUAUGAUGGGGCAGUCAUCGGACAGCUGUUGGACUGUUACAAGGAGAAAUUCGAGAAAGAGGAGAGACAUGGGUACAUCCCGGAGGUGAAAGAAUCUUAA